AUGCCCUUGCAGGCCAGCACAGGUCUGAAUCCCGUACGUACAGUCGAAGUCACACUGCGCGGAAUUCCUGUAAGCGCGAGGCAUCACCUGCUGCAGCGUGUAUUAACGCAGACGCCACCAAUGCUGGGGGGUGUCAUGGCGGCACAAGCUUUUACCUGGACGCAACGAUGCAAGGGGCGACAAUAUUGGCCUCACCUACCAAAGGACCGAGAAGCGGCUCGACAGCGCAUUGGCCGAAGCGAACUGCCGCGAAUGCACCUUUUGUCUGAUAUCUUGGACCUCUGUAUGAAGCUCUUGGGCAAACGUGGAACGAGCUACGAGGUCAAUUGGCCUUGCAAAUGGCGAAAAUCGCCUUCUCUCGAGACGGUCGCGCUCUCUAUUUGA